AUGAAAAGCAGGGCUGCAGAGACAGAAAUUUCCCAUCCCUUUGGUGUUACAGAGCACUCGGGCUGCAGACACCGAUUUUUCGACAUGACCCUGGUAGCAGAUCUUCUCUGUUUGUUGGCGUGCCUCACCGCGGUGACUUGUGACCGGGUCUACGUCCACCCUUUCAAUUUGUUUUCUUUCAACAAGAGUACCUGUGAGGAGAUGGAAAGCCUGGUCCAGGAGGGAAAGAAAACUUUUGUCCCUGUCUCCAUCGAGUCCCAAACCACGCCUGCCUACGAAGAUGACCUGAACGACAAGGACAGGCUGGAAAUCCCGAGUCUGAGUAGCCAAGGGAGGCAAAAACUGAGCUACUUGAAGGACUUUGUGUACGUCCUGGGUGAGCGGUUUUACAGCAAGCUGCGGAAAGCGCGGCAGGGCCAAAACGUGCUCCUGUCCCCAACCAGUCUUUACGGCUCCUUGGUGUCUUUCUACCUGGGUGCUUCAAACCAGACGGCGGCUGAUUUGCAGGGUUUGCUGGGAUUUGUUCCCCCCUCUGGAGAUCCUGACUGCACCUCCAGGGUGGAUGGACACAAAGUCCUUUCCAGCCUGAGGAUGAUCGAAAGCCUCGUCAAGAGCAGGGACGAGGAGCUGCACUUUUCCAAGAUGCUCUGCCUGUUCUCUGCCCCCGGCAUACCUCUAUCCCACCUCUUCGUGCAGGACUUGCUCCCCUCCGCUGAUGCUCUCUACGCCCGAGCUGUUGACUUUACAAACCGAAGCGAGGCAGCAAAGCAAAUAAACGCCUUCGUGGAGGCCAAAAGCGAGGGCCAAAGCAAGUGUUUACUGACCGACAUCGACCCAUCCGCUGACCUGCUCUUUGCGGUGGACGUCCGCUUGGCAGCGAACGUUAAGCAAGCCUCCCGGCUCAAAGAGCCUCAGGAGUUCUGGGUGGAUUCAGACACGAAGGUCGUGGUCCCUAUGUUGUCAGUCACGGGGACAUUCAAGUACAAAACUGAUGCCAGUGGGACUUUUUCCGUGGUGGAAGUCCCCAUCAGCAAGACCGCACUGCUGGUGCUGCUGCAGCCCAUCAAUGGCAGCGACCUGGAGAAUGUGGAGUCCAAGCUGCUGUUGCAAUCCUCGGCCUGGCUUCAGCAGCUCUCCCCAAGAGAAAUUAAAUUAACGCUGCCGGAGUUAACAAUAGAAGGCAGUUCCGAUCUACAGGAGCUUCUUGCAGAUAUGGAACUGCCUGCGCUGCUGGGGAAGGGGGCAGAUCUCAGUAAAAUAAGUGAUGCCAAUCUAACAGUUGGAAAGGUAAUAAAUAAAGCCUUUUUCAAACUGACCGGUGAUGGAACAGAGCAGCCAGAAGACCCUGCAGCACAGAAGGAAGAUGUGGUGUUCCUGGAUGUAACACUGAGCAAGCCGUUCCUUUUAGCUGUUUUGGAAGAGAAGUCGAGGGCAAUGCUUUUCCUUGGCAGAGUAACAAACCCUCUGCACGGGGUUUAAAUGCAAGCACAGGGGAGGGGGAGGGAGGGGAAUGAUGCACAUUUCCCAUCACCUUUUUCUUAUUCAUCAGCUACUUUUAUGAUCUUGUUGAGUGCUCUACUUAGCUUUGAGAUGAAGCA